AUGGUUUGUGGCACUGUGGGUGUAUGUUCGGACAAGGCUGCGGAAGGGAGGAAAGUAGUUUUUCAUAUCAUUCACAAUUUAUUCUGUAGUAGAAAUAGAUCAUGUAGAGAACCAUGUACAAAAUUAAAUCAACAUGAUGUUCAACAAUCAUCAAUUGUAGUGUACAAUAGUUUUCUAGUUUCACUUUAA